UGAUAAAUUUCUAGUUUUAGUCUUACCACAACAUAUUUAAUCAUUUGCCGGGUAUAUGGAGAAGAAGGACGAUGGAGAAUUGAGUCGCCGACGGCCAGCCCCGGGGACUGCGACUGAGCCAACUCAUGCGGCGGAGUUCAGGGGAGCUCCGGGCUCCAUACUUCACGCCGUUUUCGCCCUUAUGCUUGUGCUUGGUUGCGCUCAUCUUAUCGGCCUCAUCGUCUUGGCUUCCUUCAUAAUUCUUCCUCCCUCCAAAGCUUUGGUGGUCAUAGCGUUGCUGAUUUUAUUUACGGUGCUUCCAACUUGCGAAGGAAGCAAAUGGGGACGGAACUUAUCAAGGUAUAUAUGUAAGCAUGCUUGUGGUUACUUUCCAGUUAAUCUGUAUGUGGAGGACUAUAAAGCCUUCGAUCCUAAACAAGCUUACGUUUUCGGGUACGAGCCACAUUCACUUGUGCCAAUUGGGGAAAUUGCACUUUCCAACCUUACAGGAUUCAUGCCACUCCCAAAGACCAAAAUCCUCGGAACUAGUGCUGUUUUUUAUGCACCGUUCUUGCGACAUAUAGCCACAUGGUUGGGAAUUAAACCGGCAACCAAGAAAAAUUUUCUUACCCUUUUGGAAUCUGGCUAUAGCUGCAUCAUAGUGCCAGGAGGAACUCAAGAAACGUACUAUAUGGAGCCUGGUUCAGAGAAUGUCUUCCUCAAAAAAAGGAAAGGAUUUGUACGGGUUGCUAUGGAGACGGGCAAACCGCUGGUCCCGGUUUUUUGCUUUGGCCAGUCAGAAGCGUACAAGUGGUGGAAGCCCAAGGGAAAAUGGUUCUUGCAGUUCUCGAGAGCUAUCAAGUUUAUGCCAGUUAUUUUCUGGGGCACACUUGGGUCUCCUAUACCUUUUAGGCGUCCAAUGCAUGUUGUGGUUGGAAAACCUAUUGUCCUCCAACAAAAUCCACAACCCACCGUGAAAGAGGUUGAUGAAGUGCAUGGGCAAUUUGUUGCUGCACUACAAGAUCUCUUUGAAAGGCACAAGGAAAGGGUUGGUUAUGCUGAUCUUCAAUUGCGAAUUUUUUAGCUGAUACUUUCUCUCAUCGCAAGAAUUGCAACAAAUUCCAAGUAUUGCCCGCAGAAGUGCAAGUUUGUGCCGAGCGUAGACGCAAGCGUUGCCUGCACAAACAAAGAGGAACUACCCGCCAGCUAGCACCAUCCGGGCUGCUGAUCUUAGGUUGCUGCUGCAGUUUCAGUUUGCAUUAGCUUGAUUUUCGUUUCAAGAAUGCGUUCUUAAUUUUCAAGACUUGGACAUAACACUCUGUGAGAAUUUGAAGAAUCUCAUUUUCAUUCAGCAAA